AUGUUAUUACGCCCGUUCGGUGCAAUGGUUCUGUCUGUUCGCAAUAAUUGUCCAUGGCAUCGAAGUAAUUGGCAACCAGUCUAUUUCCCUUUUUUGAUUAAAUACAAACUUAAACAUAACACGCCUGAAGCACUAAUGAAAUCACGAAAUGGCAGAUGUCUCUUAAUGCGAAGGAUUUUGCGAGAAAAGCCAUUUCUCGGCUGGAAUCAUCAGUGCACUCCUCGCGAAGAACGACCGCAGUACCCCGUGUAA